AUGUGCUGGGCAGACCUGCUUCACCUUCUCCCUGCAGACCCAUACCGACUGGUGGCUUUCCCCUUUGCUGCACUCUUCCACCAACUCUGUGCUUCGGGGCUCCUCUCUCUGACUGCACGGUACGUAUUCCUCCUCGCCGGAGGAUGUCUCCUUGCUGGCACAGCCAUGGGCAGCUACGCCAUGUUGCUCCUCAUCCCUGCUGUUGGCUCAGUGCUCGUCCUCCUCUCCGUCAGCCCAGCUCGUGCCCACACCUGGGUCUUCACCCUCCAGAUGUCCUGGCAGACACUCUGCCACCUGGGUCUGAGCAGCCAGGAGCUGGACCCGCAGGAUGCCAGGCCAGCCAUCGCCCUCUCUGCCGUCAUGCUGCUCACCCAGAAGGCUACAUCUUUGGCCCUGGACAUCCACGAAGGGGUCGUGCCGCUCCAGCUGGGCCAGGGGCCUUUGCAGCACAUGCUGCCCCUCUGCAGCUACCUGCUCUUUUUCCCAGCCCUCCUCGGAGGUCCCCUGUGCUCCUUCAGCAGGUUCCGAGCCCAGGCUGAGUCCUUGGGGCCUCCCGCGCGCUCGCCCUGCCUCUGGGCACGGGCCCUGCUCCUCAGGCUGGCCUACUAUAUGCACUGGGUGCUGGAUGAGGCCCUCCUCGAGGUGGCGGGAUUCGGGCCAGAGGCAGGCGAGGGAGACCUUUCCCUCCAUGACCUGUGGACACUGGAGACCACCCACCGCUUGGCCGUCUUCUCCCGAACCUGGAACAAGAGCACAUCCCGCUGGUUGAGGAGACUUGUCUUCCAGCGUUGCCCGGUCCAGCCGCUCCUAGCCACCUUUGCCUUCUCUGCCUGGUGGCACGGCCUCCGGCCUGGGCAGGUCUUUGGUUUCUUGUGCUGGGCUGUCAUGGUGGAGGCUGACUACCGCAUCCAUCCCUUCCUCAGCGCCCGCGCCACCUCCCAGGGUGUGAAGCUCCUCUACCGUGGCAUAACCUGGGUCUUCACGCAGAUCAUCGUUGCCUACAUCCUGGUGGCUGUGGAAACCGAGAAUUUCUCUACACUCUGCCUGCUGUGGGCUUCCUGCAACAGCAUCCUUCCCCUCUCCUAUGGCCUCGUGCUGCUGCUGCUGCUUGCCGAGAAGCUGAAGCAGAACUGA